UGUAUGUGUAGUUAAAGCAAACUGAAUGUGGCUGGUGAGCAAUCAUCUUCGCCAAGCGCAACUGCCUAACUUAGCUCCAGAGCUCAGCGCAAAGUCUCAGUAACCGAGUUGCCGCCGCCAUCGGAGCGGAGGAACCCUUGACAAAAGCAGCGUACAUUUACUAAGCGGGGCAUAUUUAGAAGGGUGUACAAAAAUGUAAAUGACGUCGACCGCCCUCACAACCAUCAUCUCCAAACAUUUACUUCACCGCCACCGACCGUCCAUCAUGUCCCUCUCCUCCCGCAUCGUUCGCCCAACCAUCCGGGCUGUCUCUGCCCGCGGCGUUAGCAACGCCGCCGUGCGCCAGAAGCACACGCUUCCUGACCUGCAGUACGACUACGCCGAGCUGGAGCCGUCCAUCUCGGGCAAGAUCAUGGAGCUACACCACACCAAGCACCACCAGACCUAUGUCAACAUGCUCAACGAGGCGGAGGAGAAGUACGCCGUUGCCGCGAAGGACAACAACGUGCAGGCGCAGAUCAACCUGCAGGCGCUGCUGAAGUUCCACGGAGGAGGUCACAUCAACCACACUCUCUUUUGGGAGAACCUCGCGCCGAAGAAGAACGGCGGAGGCGCCCCGCCGACUGGCGAGCUCGCUGCGGCUAUCAACGAGAACUGGGGGAACUUCGACAACUUCCGCAAGACGUUCAAUGCCUACCUCGCUGGCAUCCAGGGUAGCGGCUGGACGUGGCUCGUCAAGGACACUGAGACUAGCAAGCUCCAGAUCAUCUCGCUGCCGAACCAGGACCCCGUCGUCGGAAAAUACAAGCCGAUCGUUGGUAUCGAUGCGUGGGAGCACGCGUACUACCUCCAGUACGAGAACCGCAAGGCCGAGUACUUUGGCGCCGUCUGGGAUGUCAUCAACUGGGAGACCGCCGCCAAACGUUACGGUAGUGCGUAGGGCAAUGAGAAGUCUGGGUCGUAUGUACAAUAAGACAUGAGAUAUCUGUGCUGCUGGCUACCUACAUUUGCAUCCCCC